UCCCCACCUCCUCUGUCCCCACCUCCUCUGUCCCCACCACCUCUGUCCCCACCACCUCUGUCCCCACCUCCUCUGUCCCCGUCUCCUCUGUCCCCACCUCCUCUGUCCCCACCUCCUCUGUCCCCACCACCUCUGUCCCCACCUCCUCUGUCCCCACCUCCUCUGUCCCCACCUCCUCUGUCCCCACCACCUCUGUCCCCACCACCUCUGUCCCCACCUCCUCUGUCCCCGUCUCCUCUGUCCCCACCUCCUCUGUCCCCACCUCCUCUGUCCCCACCACCUCUGUCCCCACCACCUCUGUCCCCACCUCCUCUGUCCCCACCUCCUCUGUCCCCACCACCUCUGUCCCCACCACCUCUGUCCCCAACUCCUCUGUCCCCGUUUCCUCUGUCCCCACCUCCUCUGUCCCCACCUCCUCUGUCCCCACCACCUCUGUCCCCACCACCUCUGUCCCCACCUCCUCUGUCCCCGUCUCCUCUGUCCCCACCUCCUCUGUCCCCACCUCCUCUGUCCCCACCACCUCUGUCCCCACCACCUCUGUCCCCACCUCCUCUGUCCCCGUCUCCUCUGUCCCCACCUCUUCUGUCCCCACCACCUCUGUCCCCACCACCUCUGUCCCCACCUCCUCUGUCCCCGUCUCCUCUGUCCCCACCACCUCUGUCCCCACCUCCUCUGUCCCCGGCUCCUCUGUCCCCACCACCUCUGUCCCCACCUCCUCUGUCCCCACCACCUCUGUCCCCACCACCUCUGUCCCCACCUCCUCUGUCCCCACCUCCUCUGUCCCCACCACCUCUGUCCCCACCACCUCUGUCCCCACCUCCUCUGUCCCCGUCUCCUCUGUCCCCACCACCUCUGUCCCCACCUCCUCUGUCCCCACCACCUCUGUCCCCACCUCCUCUGUCCCCACCUCCCCCACCACCUCUGUCCCCACCUCCUCUGUCCCCGUCUCCUCUGUCCCCACCACCUCUGUCCCCACCUCCUCUGUCCCCACCACCUCUGUCCCCACCUCCUCUGUCCCCACCACCUCUGUCCCCACCUCCUCUGUCCCCACCUCCUCUGUCCCCACCACCUCUGUCCCCACCUCCUCUGUCCCCACCUCCUCUGUCCCCACCACCUCUGUCCCCACCUCCUCUGUCCCCACCUCCUCUGUCCCCACCUCCUCUGUCCCCACCACCUCUGUCCCCACCUCCUCUGUCCCCACCUCCUCUGUCCCCACCACCUCUGUCCCCACCUCCUCUGUCCCCACCACCUCUGUCCCCACCUCCUCUGUCCCCACCUCCUCUGUCCCCACCACCUCUGUCCCCACCUCCUCUGUCCCCA